CUAAGCUGUACAUUUGCAUAUACGUUACAGCCAUGUUAGCUGGCUGUUACAUGUCUAUACAGCACAAUAUAUAAAACACAAAGGACAGUGCAGCAAAUAUUGGACUAUUCCUUUAACUCAAGGAGAGAUGUCCUCCCAAGUCCGACUGAGGCUGCUGCCGAGAGCCAGAUGCAUGUUUGAUGAGCCGGUUCAGGUGAAGGUGGCCGGGCUGAGGGCGAGACAGGUGGUCACCAUGAGAGCCAGAUCCACUGACGACAAGGGACUGGUGUUCAGCUCCUCGGCCACCUACAAGGCUGAUGGGAGCGGGGAGAUCGACCUGGAGAGAGACCCCUCUCUCAGCGGGAGCUACGUCGGGGUGGAACCCAUGGGUCUGCUGUGGUCCAUGAGGGCAGACACCUUGCACAGAAGGUUUAUAAAAACUAAUUCACUGAACCACCAUGUGGUGAAUUUCUCAUUGCACGAGAAGGAGGGGGAGGGCAGGAUGCUGGCAGAGGCGACCAAUGAGAGGCUUCUGAUUGGAGACGGAGUUAGCCGGCUCCCCAUCAAAGAGGGGAAUAUCCGUGGAGUCCUGUUCAAUCCCCCAGGUAGAGGUCCAUUCCCUGCCCUGUUGGAUCUGUACACUUUUGGUGGAGGUUUGUCAGAGAAAAGGGCCUCUCUGCUGGCCAACCGUGGAUUUGUGGUUCUGACUGUAGCACUGUAUGGUCAUGAUGACAUGGCGGGGAACAUCAAAGAGGUCCAUCUGGAUUAUUUCGAAGAAGCUAUAGAGUUUUUAAAAAAACAAGAUAAGGUGGGCAGUAAAGGAGUUGGUGUACUAUCCCUUUCAAAAAGCGGAGAUGUUGCACUAUCAAUAGCCUCUUACCUGCCAGGUGUUGAGGCCACAGUGUGGAUUAACGGCUGUUGUGCCAAUACACUUUUACCCCUCUACCAUAAGAAGAGCCAAAUCCUCUCUGCAUUAAUGAUGGACAUCAGCAAGAUGGUUCCCACUGAGUCAGGGGCCUUUAUGAGCAAGAAUGUUAUGCAUAAUCCGCUGGCAGAGGAGAACAAGGCCACCCUGGUCCCCAUUGAACAAGCCAAGGGACGUUUCCUCUUUGUGGCUUCAGAGGACGACCUCAACUGGGACAGCAAGGCUUACAUGGACCAGAUGGUGGAGAGACUGCAAUGUCAUGGGAAGGACAACUUUGAGAGGGUGUCUUACCCUGCAGCAGGGCAUUACCUAGAGCCGCCAUACGGACCCUUCUGCACCUCCAGUUUUCAUGGGGUUGCAGGCAAGCCAGUCCUGUGGGGGGGUGAGCCCAGGUCCCAUGCAGCAGCUGAAGUCCACCUGUGGAAGAAGAUCCAGGAGUUCUUCAGAACUCACCUGAGCUGUGAUGUUACACAGACUAUUGCCAAAUUGUAG